GGGAGAGCAGAUAUAGUGAAUGCAGGGUCCGGGACCGAUAUAGUGAAUGCAGGGUCCGGGGAGAGAGUCCGGGGGAUAUAGUGAAUGCAGGGUCCGGGGAGAGCGGAUAUAGUGAAUGCAGGGUCCAGGGAGAGCAGAUACAGUGAAUGCAGGGUCCGGGGAGACCAGGAUAUAGUGAAUGCAGGGUCCGGGGUGAGCGGAUAUAGUGAAUGCAGGCUCCAGGGAGAACCAGAUAUAGUGAAUGCAGGGUCCAGGGAGACCAGAUAUAGUGAAUGCAGGCUCCGGGGAGACCAGAUAUAGUGAAUGCAGGCUCCGGGGAGACCAGAUAUAGUGAAUGCAGGGGGGGAGACCAGAUAUAGUGAAUGAAUGCAGGGCUCCAGGGAGACCAGAUAUAGUGAAUGCAGGGUCCGGGGAGACCAGAUAUAGUGAAUGCAGGCUCCAGGGAGACCAGAUAUAGUGAAUGCAGGGUACGGGGAGACCGGAUAUAGUGAAUGCAGGGUCUGGGG